AUGGAAGAAAAGUUUAAUGCUGUCGUACCAGGCAUAAAAAAUUCACCUGGAAAGUUUGUUAGUUGUCAACAAAGACAAAUGAUUAUCAAUUUGUACCUAUCAAAAAUGACAGAUCAAUCCACAAUGCCAGAUCAACGUCACAUUAAAUACAUAGACCUCAUCAAAUGGAUGACACAAGAAACCGGUAUUGGUCAACGCACAAUUUCAAAGACUUUAUCUGAAUACCGGAAAAAAGGUACGAUUUCUUCUCCUAAUAGAAGAAAAGUAAGACCAAAGUUUACUGAGAGACCUAAUGAAUUUGACAAAAAUGCUAUUCGACGAAGAAUACACGGGUUUUGGCAUCGAAAAGAAUUUCCAACUUUUGAAAAAAUAAUGGCAACAAUCAAUGACUAUCCCAGCUUAUCGAAUUUUUCACACACAUCUAUGCGAAAAUUAUUAAAAGACUUAAAUUUCGUAUGCACUAAAAUAAAACAAAAUAAUGCUUUAACCGAAAGAGGCGAUAUAGUUUGCUGGAGACAAAAGUACUUGGAAUCUAUUAGAUAUUAUCGUAGCCAGGGUCGUCAAAUUUAUUACCUUGACGAAUCAUGGAUAAAUGUAGAAGAAUCAUCUAAAUCAGUCGAUACCACAAUUCAAUAUGGACAAAAAAAUCUGUCACGUAAAGGAAAACAAUUAAUUUGUGUCCACAUAGGAUCAUCUGAUGGAUUUGUUGCUGGUGGUCUUUUAGAUUUUGAAUCAAAAAACAAUUCCAACGAAUAUCAUGACAAAAUAAAUUAUGUUACAUUUUACGAGUGGUUUAGUAGCAUUAUACCGUUGUUGAAAGACAACGCAGUGAUUGUUAUGGAUACUGCAUCGUACCAUUCGGUCAAAAAAGAUACGUUUCCCCUCAUUUCGUGGGAAAAAAGUAAAAUUAUCAAAUGGUUGGAGAAUAAUGGAAAAUUAAUUCAUCGACCAAUGGUUAAGCAUCAACUCUUGGAGGAGGCAGAACAAUUUCGACCGGGUUGUGAAAAGUAUGUUAUUGAUGAAUUAGCAAAAAAAAAUAAUAAAAUAGUACUUAGACUACCUCCGUAUCACUCUGAGUUAAAUCCGAUCGAGUUAGCGUGGUCUUUUGUAAAACACUAUGUCAAAACAAAUAACAUGACGUUCAAAUUACCAGAUGUACAAAAACUGCUACAUGAAGCUGUGGAACGAGUUACACCUCAGAUGUGGAAAAAUUAUAUAAAUCAAGUUAUGGAAGAAGAAGAUAAACUCUUUGAAAUCGACUUCAUCAUCGAUGAAAUUUUGGAAGCGGAACUCACGGAAUCCAGUGCUUUAUAUUUUGUAACCAUACCAGACAAAAUCUCUGAUUCCGAAUCUGAAAUGGAUGAAUAA